AAAAAAGCAAAGUUGUUCCUAAGAUAGAUAGGGCAUGAUUGAAACACGGCUCUAAACUUGAAAGAGUAAAUGUGUCGCACACUGUGCGCGUAGCAUCAGAGGACCGAAGAGUGAGACGUGUCGUUAUCCGGUUAGAGAAAUUACGGCAGAAAGACGGUGGUUGGGGGUCGUGCAGAGUAAAACGCCGUCGUUUUUGUUGUGUUGUCAUUAGAUUGCAAAGGAAUCUAACGGACCUGGCAUCCGGGUGCCUGAACUAGGAUCCCAACGACGUCGCAGUGAAAACAUAAAACGAAUGUUUUAAUUUUACCGCAUAUUGAAGUAUGAAUCGAUGUUUUUGCAGCGUCUCCCAUCCCUUGCCAUAAAAGAAAUGGACUGAGAACGAGAAGAGCUGUCUCUUAACUGAUGAAGUCAAGUCGGGACCCAAGACCCAGUACCCAGAAUCCAAAAGUUUUUCCAUUGUGAAAAUUUUAAAAAAGAUUAUUCUGCUAUUUCUCUCAAUCCUCGCCCCCUCUCUCUCAGUGUGCAAGAGGGAUUUAGUGCGCAAUUGUGCGGAGAAAAGAGAGCUCGCUGGUCAGGUUUUGAUUACAUGUCCUUUUGCUCCAUUCCACUGACUUUUACGUUGAAGGUGAAAUUUUUGUGCUUUGUUGAAAAUUCUUGAUUGGGUCUUGACUUACAUUGGGAUACCUUGAGCUGCGUUUGGAUCAAGAUUCAUUAUCGGUCCUUGAUUACUUCUUGGGUUCAAGGUCGUAUUGAGGGUUUAGGUUUCUCUAGAGUGCCAAUGCCUCGUCUUGUCCUGCGGUAAAUAAGGAUUGGAUUAGAAUGCUUCAGCAGCAUGUGUAGCAGUAAUUCGUAUGUUUUUUUUUUUUUUCUGUCAUUUCUUGAUUAAACUUUUAUGAAUAACCCAUUGAAAUUCACUGCAGUCUCAGGGCCCUUACUCUGAAGUCUGAACCUCUUGUCAUUGAUUUUCAGUUAGAAUUGUUUAUAACUUUCUUAAAAAUCUGAUAUUUGGUUUUGGGAUCUUGAAAGUUCUUUCUCUUCAAUAAAGAAAACAUUGAAUUUCAAUGGCUAAACAACCACAACCUUCCCUUGGGUAUCCUCUCACUGUUACUCCUACAAACCCCGAUACAUCAACACCUCAACCUGAGAAAACUCCAAUUCCUCCCUCUCCUCCAAUGCUACCUGGAGCCCCUAGAUUUCCUUCUCCUAAUUUGCAACAAGAUCAAAACCCUUCUCCCUCAAUCAAAACUCCAAAUUUACUAUCACCAUUCAAUGGGAUAAAAAGUGGAAGCCCGAUUCCUCAUUUAAGCACUCCCCCUGGCCCUCCUGUUUUUACGUCACCAGUCCGGCCCGCUGCUGUGCCUUUUCGGACUUCUCCUGCAACCCCUCAGCCAGUUGCUUUCUCGACAGGAUCCUCAUUGCCCACAUCAUCACCACCCCAUUUCUCAAAUGGGUCAGUAGAGUUGCAGCACCAAGUUCCCCAAGCUACAGAGGAUUCAAUAUCCAUUGAGGAAUUACCAUGUGUCUUAUUCUCUGCUCACAAGGUGCUGAAGCAGAAGAAACUUGCAAAUGUAUCCAGUUUGGGUUUUGGGGCUUUGAUUUCUCCUGGGAGGGAGAUUUCACCAGGACCUCAGAUAACACAGCGUGAUCCCUAUCGUUGCCAAAAUUGUGGAGCUUAUGCAAAUCUCUAUUGCAAGAUAUUACUUGGUUCAGGCCAGUGGCAAUGUGUAAUUUGCAGGAAAUUGAAUGGAAGUGAUGGCGAAUACAUAGCUCCAAGCAAAGAAGAUCUUCGUCACUUACCAGAAAUGUCAUCACCCAUGGUUGACUAUGUUCAAACUGGGAACAAGAGACCUGGUUUUGUUCCAGUUUCUGAUUCCAGAAUGUCUGCACCCAUUGUUCUUGUUAUAGAUGACUGUUUAGAUGAACCACACCUGCAACAUUUACAAAGCUCCUUGCAUGCGUUUGUCGAUUCACUUCCCCCUACAGCAAGAAUUGGAAUCAUAUUGUAUGGCCGUACAGUAUCAGUUUAUGAUUUUUCAGAGGAAUCAAUGGCAUCUGCUGAUGUACUUCCUGGUGAUAAAUCACCUUCUCAGGAAUCCUUGAAAGCAUUGAUCUAUGGAACUGGCGUGUACUUGUCACCAAUGCAUGCUUCAAAAGAAGUGGCACACCUAAUUUUUUCAUCAUUAAGACCGUAUAAAUUGAACAUUGCGGAAGUUUCAAGAGAUCGGUGCCUGGGUACUGCAGUUGAGGUUGCACUGGGUAUAAUUCAAGGACCAUCUGCAGAAAUGUCUCGAGGUGUAGUCAAACGGGCUGGAGGUAAUAGCAGAAUUAUUGUGUGCGCUGGUGGGCCUAACACUUAUGGCCCUGGAUCUGUCCCACAUUCUUUUAGUCACCCAAAUUAUCCUCAUAUGGAAAAGAUGGCAUUAAAAUGGAUGGAGCAUCUGGGUCACGAAGCUCUUCGACACAAUACAGUGGUUGACAUUUUAUGUGCUGGAACGUGUCCUGUUAGAGUUCCAGUUUUGCAGCCUCUUGCAAAAGCUUCUGGGGGUGUUUUGGUUCUUCAUGAUGACUUUGGAGAAGCAUUUGGUGUAAACUUGCAAAGGGCAUCUACUAGGGCAUCAGGUUCCCAGGGAUUAUUGGAGAUUCGGUGUUCUGAUGAUAUUCUUAUUACUCAAGUCGUGGGUCCUGGUGAAGAGGCAUACGUAGACACUCGUGAAGCUUUCAAAAUUGACACUUCUCUCUCAAUUCAAAUGUUAAGUGUAGAAGAAACCCAGAGCUUUUCUCUUUCCAUGGAAAUUAAAGGAGACAUCAAAAGCGACUGUGUAUAUUUCCAGUUUGCAAUUCAAUACUCGGGCAUUUAUCAAGCUGAUAUUUCAAGAGUUAUUACUGUUAGAUUGCCUACUGUUGAUAGUGUUUCUGCAUAUCUUGAAAGUGUUCAAGAUGAAGUGGCUGCAAUCCUUAUUGCCAAGAGGACUCUCUUGCGAGCUAAAAACUAUUCUGAUGCACUUGAUAUGCAAGCAACAAUAGAUGAGAGAAUUAAAGACAUUGCUUUGAAAUUUGGGUCCCAGGUACCUAAGUCAAAACUUCAUCGAUUCCCCGAAGAACUCUCAUUGUUACCAGAGUUCCUUUUCCAUCUUAGAAGGGGACCACUUUUGGGGAACAUUGUUGGACAUGAAGAUGAGAGGUCUGUGUUACGGAAUUUGUUUCUCAAUGCGUCCUUUGAUCUUUCACUCCGUAUGGUAGCACCUCGUUGUUUAAUGCACCGGGAAGGGGGCACUUUUGAAGAAUUACCUGCUUAUGACCUAGCAAUGCAGUCUGAUACAGCUGUUGUUCUUGACCAUGGUACUGAUGUCUUCAUCUGGUUGGGUGCUGAACUAGCUGCUGAUGAAGGAAGAAGUGCAGCAGCUUUGGCAGCUUGCAGAACAUUAGCUGAAGAGCUCACCGAAUUGCGGUUUCCAGCUCCUAGAAUCCUUGCAUUUAAGGAGGGGAGCUCUCAAGCUCGAUACUUUGUUUCUCGCCUGAUACCAGCGCAUAAGGAUCCUCCUUAUGAGCAGGAGGCAAGAUUCCCACAGCUUCGAUCUUUGACAACAGAACAACGAACAAAGCUAAAAUGCAGCUUUAUUCACUUUGAUGAUCCUAGUUUCUGUGAGUGGAUACGAAGCUUGAAAGUGGUGCCACCAGAACCAAGUUAAGUAGUAACAUUCUGCAAUUUAGGGACUAGCGUACCUACAGAAAGAAUCUUAGGAGCUGCAUCCUACUUUUGGCCAGUGGAAAUCUGUCUUCUAUUCCUAUCUUUUUCUUCUCUGCUCUGUGGUCAAGGGAAUUUUUCUUGGAUGAUAUCUUUGAAGAUCAUCUAAUCUUUAUUUUUUAUUUUUCACAUAGGAAACAUCUAUGCUUGAGUGUUAAAAGUUUUGACAUUGUUCUGCCAUCAUAUUUUGUUUAUCCAUUGAAAUGCUUUGGGGAAGCAAUAAAAAUUUCCUUUCUUGAUCCA